AUGGGGUCCUAUUACCCGGAUCUGGGCUCUACUCUGCCAUCAGGUGUCUUCUCAACUACCCGCGCCGCUAGGAUGCUCCCGCCAGCCAUUGUCUUUACAGCAAUUUCGAUAUUGGCGGCAGCAAGCGUAGUAGUUGUGGGAGUUGCAGCCUCGGUGCUGAGUUCUAAUGCUGAGAGGAAAAGGAGUGUGAAUGCUGUACAGGCUCUAGGGUUGGUUGCUGCUGCAACAUCAGUCGUGUAUCUCGCUUUUCAUGGUCUGGCAGCGAGAUUUAAUGAACCCGUGGGUGUUUCAAGGCCGCCGGAGAGGACACUGCAUGCGACUUGCUUCAUAGUAGCUCGUCUAGGGCUGGUAUUCUGGAUUGCAGCUUUCAUCGCUUCACUUGUGGUCGUCGUGACGCCGAAUGCGUGUCUGACUGGAUCUAAUGCUUGCAAGCUGCAAAUUGCGGAUGUUAUCGCUUCAGUGUUUGGAUUUAUUGCUACCGGUAUCAUUAUCACGGCCCUCGAAUCCUGCAAAUACCCCUUUCGAAUUCCAGCCUUCCUGAAAAUGAAGAAGACCGAGUCGAGAGGGGAUCCAUUCGAUAGUAUCAUGGACCGGAGUGUAUCGCGAGACUCCUCGUUCGAUUCGGGAGAGGUAUUUGAUAGCGACAAACUCAUGUCUGUGCAUCCACAGCCAGGGCCAGGAACAGAAAUUCAGAGAAAACCUCUUCUAAAGACCAUUUCGGAGAAGAGUGCGGUAGCGGAACGACCGACGACACCGCUGCUGGUUAUUCCAGGAAGGGCAAAAUCGGUAUCGAAUGAUUGGGAAGAGGAGCACGCUCUUAGGAGGAACGUCGGUGCGCAUAAGCAGACUGAGUCGCUUGCCGACUCGGCUAUUUCGCUUUCGGACGAUAAAUCUUCGGAAUCAUCAUGCUACACGAGCAAGAGUUCAUCGCGACAGAGCUCGAAUUUUACGAUACCAAGAAAGGCGGUGAUUGCGAGGCGGCCAGUAAGCCAACGGUCUAUAAGUAGGCGUGUGACUCCAAGUAGCAGCAUCAGCAACCACUCUCGGCGGUCUCCUCUAUCCUCCGUUCGGUCGGCUGAAUAUCCACACAUCCUCGUUCGCCCAGAACUAAGAUACUACCCUCCGAUAAUACCUCCACCCCACGGCUGGAGUUCAUCGAAAACGUCCUCUAUGGCGGAGCUGCUCCCGGUUGCUCUUGAACGACAACCAUCAUUCGACAUGCCAGGAAGCUUCCCGUGGCCCAUCCAACGCCUCCCUUCUUUGCCCAAGCACCAUCCGGCUUCGUAUCGAGCCAGGACUCCGCUAAGCAGAAGGAACACCAACGAAGUCAGGGUCCCGGGAGCCUAUCGGCAAAGUUUUCUUGAUUAUGACGAGAACAUGGAUGAACAUGUCCGACAGAUCGAGCUCGAGUAUAGGCGUUCUCAAAGGAAACGAGUGCAGGGCCCGAGGACUUUUGUUCAGAGAGAGGCAGGGAAUUUCGAUCGACUGAAUCCACCGCCGAGGAGAGCUGGUUCUCAAGAGAGGUAUCAGAAGAAGAGACCUGUUAAACAUGUACAACAGUCUGCGCCUGUGGCGAAGAUUGUUCCAAAUGCGGCGUGUCCGGCGACGGCGAUGGCAGAGAAGGCUGAGCCUGUGACUGUAGGGGAGUUCAAGCGGCUGAGUCUUGGAGAUUUCUCGAUAGGACUUGAGGGAAUCCUCAAAAACUCCUACCACCGCUCGCCCCCUCACCAAGCCCCCAUAUCAUCGCACUCUCCACCCCCUCCUGCAGCUCGUGCUUCGAUCCCUCGCGACAUCUCCGACAAAGACAUCACGGUCCAAAACACCCUACAGAAUGCCGGACACCGACGCUCCUCGUCCGGGACUCGACCCUCCGGAUCGCGCCGGCAGUCUUCUCACGGCUCGCUCGCGCAAAGCGCCGAGGACCAGCAAAUGCGGUUGAAAUGGGACGAGGCGAACUUGUACCUGACGGAGCAGGAGAAGAGCUCUACCAUGAAGAUCGACGAGCCAAAGACGCCGUAUGCGAGGCAGUAUGAUCCUACGGAGGACGAAGAAGAGCUGCGCCUGAUCGAUACGGAGGACAUCAUGGUUGAUGAGCUGGAUAAGACCCGGGCUGGGUCUGGCUCUAGCGGGAGUAAGGCGAAGGCGUCCAAGGCGAAGGAAGAUGAUAUCCCGGGCUUGAGUCUGGGGGAGCCGGAGGAGGACGUGCCGGAGCGUGAGAGUGUAGAUGAGCAUGGUAAGAGGAAGGAGAAGGCCGUCUAUGUUCGGGGAGAGGAACAUGUGGGCUUGAGUGAGGAGGAGCAGGAGAAGCAUCGCAAAUUUGAGGAGGCGAGGAAGAGGCAUUACGAGAUGAAAAAUGUGGCUGGCUUACUUGGACACCCUGAGGAACUGGAUGAGCUCGAUGACGAGGGCGAUGCAGAUAUGGAUAGGGGUGCUAGUCUGGAGAUUUGUUUCUGUGCAACAAUACGCAACGCGACGGAGAGAGAAGAAGAGAAAGACGAGAUGGCGCCUCAAGAGGUGAAUGCAUCUGGGGGUGAUGGAGGGAUUGAGGGCACAGCAAUUGUAUGCUUGAGAGGUGGGAAGGGCGAUGGCAAGAAGGAGAAGAAGAAGAUGGAGAAGAUGAAGAAAGAGGCAAAGAGCCACGAGAAGGACCAGCUUCCCAUCAACGAUGAAACCAAGCCGACCCAUGGCAACGGUCAAGACCAUCCCGAGGUCUUGAGAGCGGCAAUCCAGAGGCAAAAAUUUCAGCUGGAAACUCUCCUGUCGGGUCCUGAUGAAUCCAAAGCCGCGAAGCUGGCGCGAAAGAUUGCAGAUGCUACCAAGAGCCUUGAGGGUCUUGAGCAUAAGCGUGAGAUGGAUUACAGGAAUUAUCCGGAACAGACGGGGGGCGUUAACAAGGAAGAAGGUAAACAGGAGCAACAGGUUGAGGAGCCGGUGGCCAAGAAGUCCAAGAAGAGCAAGAAGCGUAAGGCAGCAGAAAUCGACGAGGAUAAGGAGGAGGCGGGACAACAAGCUUCGGAGGUCACUGUCGCGGAAGUCAGCACGAUCCAAGAUACCUCUAAGUCUGAGAAUAAGAGGCGCAAGAAGGACAAGUCCCUGCAAGAAUCGAACAUCAGACCCAGUUCAAUCGCAGCAUUCGCAAAUAACGAAGCCCUUGAUGGCGGACGUCCUACAACCAACGGCCUCCCAUCUGCACUGAACGCUGUACACAACCCAAAGACGAGCCAGCAUAACAUAGAUGAUGCGCCAGCAGAUGCUCGGACCCCUCAGCAAGUCAAGAUGGAUGCAUUGCUGGCUACGAUCACCAGCACGCACUCACCCCCUGCCAGCGACGACCGCAGACUAGAUGCUCUGAUUGCAGGUACCGUCUCUGCGAAGUCUCCUGCUGCAAUGUGUAUGGGCAAGUUGAUUGAAGUAGGCCAAGCCGCGCUGAAAGCAGCUGUAUACCCGACUCGUCCACCUUCGGAAAUCUCGGAAUCUGAGGCAGAGCUUCCUAAAAAGCCGACAGUCGUCCUUCAUCAGCGUAAAGGAACUGCUGCUCGUGUCACUCCCAAGGAGCCCCGACCAAUUGUUCCCGCAAAGAACGUCACCUCUGAUGGCCAAGUGCGCAUAGAAACCCCUAUUCCUCUACCCCAGCGUAAAAUCUCAACUACGGCCCGGAUCACACCAGGAAUGAAGCCCAACCCUGCGGAGAGCAGCAAGCUAGCACAUCGCCAGAAGUCUAAGGAACAUACACAGUCUAACAAUCCCUCAUCUGAAACCGCCACAGCACUCAAAGAAGCCUCCUCUGCUACGGUCAUCGGCGGUCUAACCUCCCAGCCAGAUCCUUUCAAUAGCCCGAUCCGUACCGGCCCAGCGCGCAAAUUUCCACGAGCCAUCUCUUUGCCACGCAAAACUCCAUCGAAGGCCCCAAAGCGAAGUCGCGGCAAGCUUGGAGAAGCUGAUGGAAGAGAGGAUUGGGAAGUCGCUUCUGGCAGAGUACGAGCUCGUAUCAACCCCGAAGGCAAAGCCGACGAUCAAGAGACGGAGGAAAAUAUCGCCUUCUCUUCCACCUACCUCUCCACCCGACCCCUCGGCAUCUCCAUCUCCGGCACGAAGUUCCAGGUCCUGGCCAUCGGCUCUGGCACCGAGCAUGAACUGCCUAUGCAUGCUUCGAAGGAGAGCGUAAAGAUUUGCUCCGUCGCUAAAGGCCGCGUCCAGGUUGCGCUCGGAGGCAAGACGUUCGCUAUUGGAGAGGGUGGCAUGUGGCGUGUCCGAGCCGGGGAGAAGUGCGUCGUGGUCAACAACAACACCCAUUUGGGAAGUGGUCAAGGGGUGGUUGCAAAUGUGCAUAUCUGUACGACCGACGCCUAG